AGGGACGAGACGGCUGGUCUCCAAUACCAAAGUCGAGGUUCAAUGCCGAUGCUUUUUUUGAUAAAGAUCAUGCAAAGAUUGGGAUGUCUCAUGUGGUUGGCGGUCAUUUCCUCAAAGAUGAUGUCUCUCGUUUCGAUGCGUCCUUCUUCAACUUUACCGCUGAAAUCGCCAACGCGAUGGAUCCACAAAUUCGUCUGCUUCUUGAGUCCGUGUUUGAAUCAUCAGAAAAUGCCGGUGUAACUCUUCAACAGCUAGCAGGAAGCGACACCUCGGUUUUUGUUGGUUCCUUCUCUAGGGACUAUCAUGAUGCUCAGCUGCGAGACCCGGACACACUGCCCAGGACCACUCUGACUGGCAAUGGUGUCGCUAUGAUGUCGAAUAGGAUUUCUCACUUCUUUGAUCUUCGUGGUCCAAGUAUUACUACAGAUACUGGAUGCUCAGCGAGCUUGGCGGCUCUGCACCUUGCUGUUAAUAGCAUUCGCAAUGGAGAAUCACGAAUGGCCGUCGUGGGCGCCUCGAAUCUUCUACUCAACCCUGAUCCAUUCAUCGUCAUGUCGGGCUUAGGGUAG